AUGGAAGAGAAGGUGGAAAGUGAUCAGAGCUUUAGUGACGAAACUAGUAGUAGCUCAUCAGAUAGUUCAAGUGAGACUUCAGAUAGUGAAGAGGAGAUUGUUGAACCAGUACGUAUUCUUGGACAGAAUUUCGAACUACCACAAGACCUUUGUGAGGAUCCUGCUUUAUUUAAAGAAUUCUUCUCAAUGAAGACCUGGGAAAGUUUAGAGGAUAAACAUAAAGAACAGUUGAAGGAGCUACUGCCCAAAUUUACAAAGAAUGAUGAAGAAGAAAAGGAAACUACAAUCAAAAUGCUUUUUAAUCAUGAACCUUUUUCUUUCACAUCACCUUUAACUAGUUUAUUUAAGAACUUACGACAGGGAAAUUUUAGACCUGAUAUAGCUAGGAUGAGGAAGUUUCUUACAAAAGCAAGAUCAAAACAACAGCGACACAAGGUAAAGACAUACUAUGCAAAAUUAUUGCCAGAAGUAUUAAUAUCACGGGAGCGCUUACUAGCAGUUGCCAAAGCAUCUCCACCUGGCACAUUGCCCCCUGUACCCAUGCUACCACCCAAACCAUCAUCUAAGCUUAACUAUAAACCAUUAUAUGUAAGAGCAAGACAUCGGUAUUUUGAGGAGCUGUCAGCUAUAUGGAGUGAAGUUGGGUGUCAAGAUUCGGAGGAUGAAAAUUAUCCAGAAGGUCCCCCUGAGCACUUAAAAAAAAGAAGGAAAAUUAAUCCUGUACUUUCCCAGACAGGUGAUUCGAAUAUCUCUAGUACACUAGGCACUGGUGACUUUAUCCGUCCAUCUUCAUUAGCCUGCUUAAAGAAUGUAUUAAGUACACAUAGAACAAGAAGGCAACAUAAAGAGACACAUCCUGAAUUAAAUACCACUGGUAUAACACUUGAUGAUAUAAAACAAAGAGUAGCAAUAUUUAAUGGUUCAAAGAAACUAAUGUUUGGAGGGUCCAAAGCUGAUAUUGGGAUGCAGAAAAUUAGAAAAGGAAAGAGAGAGUUGCAGCAGAAAUCAAAAGACUUUAAAUUACCAUCAAAGAAAUUUAAGGAUGAUCUAGACAACAGUGAAAAUAAACUUUUACCGCACAUAAAGAUAAAGUGUGAGCAAGAGGAGACUGAUUCAGAGAGUUCCUCCUUUUUCGACCCGAGAAAUAGUCCAAGACAGUCUAAGAAAAGUAUGGACUGUGUCGAAAUUAAACAAGAAGUUGUGGAUAAUGACAAUCAAAGUUUUAAAUUGGAUGAGCACGAGGCAGGCAUUAAAAAGGAACCACAGGAUACAUUAGCCCAAACUAAUUCGAAAACCGUUCAACCUGUACCAAUUAAAUUGGAAGAUCUUGAUGGAAUUGACAUGAUGGCGUUACCGGUAGCCCUGGCGGACGAUUCCGGUGAAAUGGUCGGUGGCGCAGCGGUGAAGGACGAAGAUGACGCCCUAACAGAGACAACGCACGCCAACUUCUUGUCCUUGGUUCGAGCACUGUUUCCAGCGAAGGCAGCUCACCGUGCGUCUAAGAGGGAGCUACAUGCUCGCUGUACGGCGGUAAUGAGGUCUCCAAUCGCACCCCUCAAUACUUGGUAUAAUCUGUCAGAUGAUUGGUGUUCAGAGCUCAACUCGGCAUUAGAAUUCCUAGCUGGUGAACGAGGACCCCACCCGGAAGACUUUGUGCCUUAUUUACAGUUUAUACCAGAUUCUCAAAUGUAUCAGUGGAUCGGUGCUGGACGUGAUUGCGACGCCAUAUUGGGUCGGUUGUGCGACCGCUGGCUGUGUGCCGCUUCGCCGACGCCACUCCAAACAGAUGCGCCACCACCAAGGUACCCAACAAAUUGGAUCAUGAGACAACCUACUAGCGCGGAGAUAGCUGAAUUCAGAUCUCAAGAGAGGAAAAGAUUUGCGGCUGCAUCUAAACCAUUUACUUACAUCCAAUAUGGUUAUCGUGCUGUAGUUGGUCCAGCAAGUGGCAUCCGAGCAGGCGGUGCGUGCGGCGGAGCAGCGUUGGUAUCUCCCCAAAGACCACGCGCUGCGGGCUUCUUCGCCUUAUUGCGGGAUGCGCUUGCGCGCUUACCAAACGGCGAGGGGUCCAGGCGCGACAUACUAACCUUUCUCAAAAUGUCGCAAUGGAUAAUACCGUGUAGUGAUCAGGCGCUAUCAUCUGCUAUAUCGACAGCACUGGACCGUCUUGUGUCAGUCAAACGGGAUCCUAUUGUUAAAUACGAUCAUCGCACCGCCGUGUGGACGUAUUUGCAUAGGAAUAGAACUGAAGAAGACUGGAUAAAAUGUAGUAACGCAAGGAAUCGUACAAAUAAAACCAUUCCGCCUGAAAUUUCACUACCAACACCACAGACUCCCGUCAAUGUUAACCAUAUGGAAAUAGAAGCUGGUAGUACAGAAGACGUAAUGGAGAACGGUUCAGAUACGGACGUAGAUGUCGAUGACAGUGGGACGUCGACAAAUCUGUCACAACUGUCCUCCGCGCAGCUUCUAAUGCAAGUCACCCAAGCCCAAACGAAACAACCGCAAAAAUCAAAGCUGAAGCCUAAUCUCCCAAAAUCAAAAACCACUAACAAACACGCACAGCCGAAGACAAUUCCAAAAGCAGUGAAGCAGCUGCAGCCGAAUGCAAUAAAACUGAAUCAGACAAAACCACUGUCACAAAAAACGAGCUUAUUAGCCCAGAAAUUCAAGAACUCGAAACCUGUGCAACUUAAAUUAAACGCCAAACAAAGUGUUCCCCCACCAAAGAACAUCCCAUCACCAAAUCAACAGAGCAUUGGGUCUCCGAAACCAAAUGUUGCGUCCCCAAAACCCAAUGUUUCCUCCCCAAAACCAAAUAUUUCGUCCCCGAAAACAAAUGUUCCGUCCCCGAAGCAAAGUGUUGCCAGUCCCAAACAAAGUGUCCAAUCGCCGAAGCCAGUUCAAAUUACAAAACAGAGUGUGUUAACUAAUGAUUUGAGCCAAUCUUUAAGCGGUACUGUGGUUCUUCCCCCACAACGAUCGCCGAUGUUGAAACAGAAAUCUUUGACGAAAAUAGACGUGCCACAAAUAAUGACAACAACGCCAAGUUUAUCGAUGCCGCAGGCGACAAUCUCUUUACCAACAUUAAUACAAGCAAAUAUUUCUACAACGCUUCCUCAAAACAGUGUGGUACAGACUUCGAAGGUCUCCCAAGUAACUCGUUCUUUGCUAAUAAGACCUUCAGCCGUUCAAACCACUGCCACUGUCUCUGCUGUGACAGUCUGUACUCCAUCUGCGCAGAUAUCGACGGCCCCCAGACGAGGCAUAGUCAGGGUUCUUAGUCCUGCCGUUUCUUCAUCUGGAAAGUCACUGAUAUCGCCACGAGCUUUAAUGCCUCAAGCCGUUACUACGAUAGCCAAAAAAAGACCAUCCAUCCCGAUUCCGGUUACCACAACAGUCGCAGCCACUACUCAGAACUCAACAAUAGUCACAAAUGUGGUUAGCACUGUGUCGACUCCUGUGACGUCAUCUAUUAUUACCCGCACAGUGCAACUGCCAGGUGGUCGCACAGUCCAACUCUCGAACCAAACAGUUCAAUUGACAACUGGCCAAGCGGUUCAAUUGUCCGGCCACACCCUACAACUAUCCUCCCUCCAACUGCCUACGCACAGUGUUCGACUACCGAGCGGUCAAACAGUUCAGUUAGCUGCUCCGCAAACGGUCCAAGCUGUACGAGCCGUUGCAAACCAAAAACUGCAAAAUCCAAGAGCCCAAACGCCUAACGUGCGUCCAACCGUCCAAAUACCAGUCUCCACCGUACAAUUGGCCGGACAAACAGUCCAAAUUGGUGGACAAACUGUUCAAUUGGCUGGCCAGAGUGUGCAAUUAACCGGACACACAGUUAAACUUCCAAGUGGUCAGAGUGUACAAGUUGCUAGUCAAAAUGUUUUACCUACACAAAGUGUGCAACUACCCAGCGGGCAAACUGUCCAAUUGGGUCAGACAGUGCUAAGUGGACAGAAUGUUCAAUUGUCAAAUCAAAUUUCAAACCAAAGUCUACAGUUAGGGUCACAGACCGUGCAUAUAGGUAACCAAGCGGUGCAGUUAGGCGGUCAAACUGUCCAACUGCCGAGUGGUCAAACUCUGCAGUUAAGUGGGCAGACUGUGCAGUUGUCCAGUGGCCAGACUUUACAGUUGGCUAGCGGUCAAACACUACAGCUGGCUAAUCAAACACCAAAGUCAAUAGCUCAAGUUGUCAGAACACAAACGACCAGUGAUAAGUCUCCACAGCCGAUCGUCGCUAAAUUAUUAACAAAUGCACAGGGUCAAAUGAUAUCCCUCGAAGGUAUGAUGGGUAACCGAGGAGUGGGGGUGGGAAGUGGAAGGGGCCGUGGCGUGCGGGUGAUUUCCCCUUCUACAAGGUUAACAAGACCCGUUUUACUGACUUCUGCCAAACCGUUGCAUAAUAUUAUAUUACAGCAAAGCGACGGCAAUGCACUACGAGUCCCGGCAAGUAGUAGCACGGCGACGUCUCAAACGAUAGUUAUAAGUAACAUUGGCGCUCCGACAGUUUCAACAACAACGACAUCAGCGCCCGUUCUAAAAUUACAACAGGGCGCGGUAACGAAUACAUCAGUGGCGACAUCUAGCGGCGUUCGUAGUGUACUAAUGGACGGCCAGCAGUUGAAGCUAGUGGGGGGGCGUCAUGUUUUAGCAAGACUUUUAAGACCGACCAAUCCACAACAGUGA